AGUUUGUGGAAAGAGUGUGUAAAAGUUGGUAUUAAUCGCAUCGUUUGACUGAGCUAUGGCGUCCCUCCCAGGUGAGGGUUCGCCUCCGCUGUCCAUCAGACACGGGAUCAGAGUUGUGGCCGAUCCACAGUACACCGUGGAACAGGUUCUUUUGGCUGUAGUGAACUGGUUGGUCAUGAGAAUAUAACAUAUGGUUUUCGGAUGAAUAAGGCCGUCGUGGCCUUUCUCCGAGAGGAGCGUUUGGUUCACACGUUAGUGGAGACAGGACUGGUGUUGGGUGAUCUAUUUGUGGCCGUCUCACCGCUGUUUGUGCCUUCUACGCGGAUUACCGUGUCAGGUGUCCCCCCCUUCAUACCUAAUGAACUGCUGGAAAGAGAACUGACCCGCUUCGGAAAGUUUGCCAGCGGGUUCAAAACAGUUCGUCUUGGCUGUAAAGACGCCAGAUUGCAGCAUGUUCAGUCUCUACGGAGACAGGCGUUCAUGUACCUGAACGAUCCCGCGCAGGUCCUAGAAGUGUCUUUCAAAGUCAAAUAUGAGAAUGGUUACUAUGCUGUUUAUGCUAGCUCUGGCAACAUGAAAUGUUUUGACUGUGGCGAUGUUGUUCAAAAACGCUCGUCCUGCCCGCAUAAAGGGCAGGCUGCAGGUAGCAGUACACGUGAGCAGCAGGCUGCGGGUAGCAGUACAGGUGAGCAUCAGGCUGCGGGUAGCAGUACAGGUGAGCAUCAGGCUGCGGGUAGCAGUACAGGUGAGCAGCAGGCUGCGGGUAGCAGUACAGGUGAGCAUCAGGCUGCGGGUAGCAGUACAGGUGAGCAGCAGGCUGCGGGUAGCAGUACAGGUGAGCAGCAGGCUGCGGGUAGCAGUACAGGUGAGCAGCAGGCUGCGGGUAGCAGUACAGGUGAGGAGCAGGCUGCGGGUCUCGCUGGCAGCAGCAGCCCGCUGACAGCGCAGAAUGAUACGGGGGAGAUUGCAACCAGCGCCCCGCAUCCUGAUACAUUGCUUAAAGAAAUAAGUGAGAACAGUGAGGAGAGAGACAGGAACUCUGGUGACGUUGAGGCAAAGGAUGUGGAGGACAAUGAAGGUAGUGGACAGACAGAAGGAGGAGAGACUGACAUUCAGACAGCUGAGGCUGAAAGUGGAGCAGCAGGUGAACCAAGCACAGUAAAUGCUGAAAAGGAAGAAGAAGAGGAAAUGUUGGAGGAUGACUCUUUGUCACAGUUCUCUGGUAUUGUAUCACAGGAUGACAGGCAGCCAUAUUCCUUACAGGAGAUGAACUAUUUCCUGUAUGAAACUUAUGGCAGGCAGUCUGUGGAAGUAACUGAUUUCUUUCCAGAUGUGGACAGAUUUAUUAAUUCUGUUCUACAGAUAAGGAAACUGGUUGGUUAUGAACAGCUGAGCAAACAGAAAAGAUUUCGACUCAAAAAGAUACUGACUAAACUGAGGAAAGAAAAGCGAGGAAAGGCUCCUAUAAAUGCAUAAAAAAUAAAAAUGGGUGAAGCACUAAGGGUGGUCUCUUUUUCUUGGAAGGGUCUCAUUGUCCUCUUUGUCUUCUCUCUCAUCCUACUCUACAUGGAGGUCUUGAGAAUAGGAACCUUAAACAUCACUGGAGGGAGGGAUAGAAAUAAGCGAGCAGUGUUAGCUGAACUGAGCAGAACCAAAAACAUUGAUGUGUUUCUCUUACAGGAGACACAUAGUUCAGCAGACAAUGAAGCAGAGUGGGGAAUGACUUGGCAAGGACAGUUUUUUCUAAGUCAUGGUACUAACCUUAGUGCAGGUGUAGCGAUUUUGUUUUCACAGCACCUUCAUCUAACAAAUGUUUUAGCAUGUGAAGCAGAGCAGGGCAGGAUUCAAGUAGUGCAAGCAACAAUUAGAGACAUACCUUUUGUGUUUAUAAAUGUAUAUGCUUAUAACUCUGGUGCUGAUCGCAUAGAUCUAUUCCACAAGCUGAAUGAUAAACUGAAACAGUUCAGCAGCAGUUCAGUAAUAGUGGUAGGUGAGGACUGGAACUGCACUACACAUCCUUCAGUUGACAGGAAUGCAGGAGAGCCUCAUCCACCAUCAGCCUCUUUUCUGUCAAGUGUGGUUACAGAAAAUGACCUCACAGAUGUUUGGAGGAAUCUUCACCCAACAGUUAGGCAAUAUACAUGGCUGAAAGUCACUGAGGGCAGCUAGAUUAGAUAGGAUUUAUAUUAAUCAGACCUAUAAUAACAGGUUAACUAAGGCAACAAUAUCACCUGUUGGCUUUUCAGAUCACCAUUUAGUGACUGUAAACUUUUCCUUACUGGUACACCCUCAACGUUGUCCCUACUGGCAUUUUAACACACGGCUAAUCUAUGAUAAGACCUUUUGCUCAUCUUUUUCUGAUUUCUGGAGUCAAUGGAGACUCAGGAAAAAAGAUUUUGAUAACUUAGUUAAAUGGUGGGAGGUAGGGAAAACACAAAUUAAAAUCUUCUGCCAGCAGUACACAGCACACACAACAGCUAUAGACAGGAACUGCUUUAAAGAGUUAGAGAAGGAAAUCAGGGUAUUAGAAGAUGGAAUA